AUGGCCAACGAGAUGAAGAAGAUGAUAAGAAUGAUGGCUUCUGAUGGAAAGGAGGUGGUGGUGGAAGAGGCGGUAGCGAUGAAGUCUGAGAUUAUCCGUCACAUGAUUGAAGACAAUUUCACAGAAGAUGUCAUUCCAAUACCCAAUGUCACCGCCUCCGUCCUCUCUAAUAUCUUUGAUUACUGCAAGAAGCACAUGGACUUCUUGCCUGAAUUCGAAGAGCUUGAGGACUUUGAUAACAAAUUCGUUGACAUUGAUACCGAUGCCCUCUAUGAUCUUAUCAUGGCAGCAAUUAUUUGGGCGUGA